GUAGAAGGUGGAGUUGAGCAGCUCUUCCAGCCUGCGGGGGACGUCGUUCUCCUGGUAGUACGCCAUCGCCUGCUGCUUCAGCUUCUGCAGGUCCCUGGUGAUCCCACAGCUGCGGCCGCUGCCUUCUUCCCCCAUGAUGGAGAGUGUUGGUGUGUACGGAUUCUGUGGGUGCAAAGGAAAGAGCAAAGUGAAGUGCGAUUCAAGGCGGGAAAUAGCCACAGCAGAAACGGCUCCCACAUCUGCAUAUCCCUCUCCGGCCCGGAGCCUCGGGGACACAGGAAUCACACCUCUGUCCCCGUCCCAUAUCUUGAACGAUGCUGACCCAGUCUCGGAAGAGCCGACGUUUCUGGUGGUGGUGGCCAUCGACUUUGGGACCACAUCUAGCGGCUAUGCCUACAGCUUUACCAAGGAGCCAGAAUGCAUCCACGUGAUGAGGAGAUGGGAGGGAGGUGACCCCGGCGUUUCCAACCAGAAGACCCCGACCACUAUCUUGCUGACACCAGAGAGGAAGUUCCACAGCUUUGGGUACGCCGCCAGGGACUUCUACCACGACCUGGACCCCAACGAGGCCAAGCAGUGGCUGUACCUGGAGAAGUUCAAGAUGAAACUCCACACCACAGGGGACCUCACUAUGGACACAGACCUGACAGCCGCAAAUGGCAAGAAAGUCAAGGCCCUUGAAAUCUUUACGUACGCCCUGCAGUACUUUAAGGAACAGGCCCUGAAGGAGCUGAGUGACCAGGCGGGGUCGGACUUUGAGAACUCUGAUGUCAGAUGGGUCAUCACCGUGCCUGCCAUCUGGAAGCAGCCAGCCAAGCAGUUCAUGAGAGAAGCUGCCUACCAGGCGGGCCUGGCCUCCCCCGAGAACUCAGAGCAGCUCAUCAUCGCCCUGGAGCCCGAGGCCGCCUCCAUCUACUGCCGGAAGCUGCGGCUGCACCAGAUGAUCGAGCUCAGCAGCAAGGCGGUGGUCAAUGGGCGCAGCUCCAGUGACACAGUAGGAGCGGGGUUCACACAGGCUAAGGAACACGUUCGGCGUAACCGGCAGAGUCGGACCUUCCUGGUGGAGAACGUCAUAGGAGAGAUCUGGUCUGAGCUGGAGGAAGGUGACAAGUACGUGGUUGUUGACAGUGGUGGAGGCACUGUAGACCUGACAGUCCAUCAGAUACGCCUACCAGAGGGGCACCUUAAGGAGCUGUACAAAGCAACAGGCGGACCCUAUGGAUCUCUGGGAGUAGAUUAUGAAUUUGAAAAGCUGCUUUGUAAAAUAUUUGGAGAGGACUUUAUCGAACAGUUCAAGAUCAAGCGCCCGGCGGCCUGGGUUGACCUAAUGAUCGCCUUUGAGUCUCGCAAAAGAGCUGCUGCGCCGGACCGAACGAAUCCCCUGAACAUCACCCUGCCCUUCUCCUUCAUUGACUACUACAAGAAGUUCAGGGGGCACAGCGUGGAGCACGCCUUGAGGAAGAGCAAUGUGGACUUUGUGAAGUGGUCCUCCCAGGGGAUGCUGAGGAUGAGUCCAGACGCCAUGAACGCCCUCUUUAAGCCGACCAUCGACAGCAUCAUUGAGCACCUCCGGGACCUGUUUCAGAAGCCCGAGGUGUCCACGGUCAAGUUCCUCUUCCUGGUGGGUGGCUUUGCAGAGGCCCCCCUUCUGCAGCAGGCGGUGCAGGCUGCCUUUGGUGACAAGUGCAGGAUCAUCAUCCCCCAGGAUGUGGGCCUCACCAUCCUCAAGGGCGCUGUUCUCUUUGGCCUGGACCCUGCCGUCAUCAAGGUGCGCCGGUCUCCCCUCACCUACGGCGUGGGCGUGCUGAACCGCUACGUGGAGGGGAAACAUCCCCCCGAGAAGUUACUGGUGAAGGACGGCACCCGCUGGUGCACAGAUGUCUUUGACAAGUUCAUCUCCGCCGACCAGUCCGUGGCCCUCGGGGAGCUGGUCAAGCGCAGCUACACUCCCGCCAAGCCCUCCCAGCUGGUCAUCGUCAUCAAUGUCUACAGCUCUGAGCACGACAAUGUCAGCUUCAUCACUGACCCAGGGGUGAGAAAGUGUGGUACACUCCGCCUGGAUCUCACGGGAACCAGUGGCGCAGCGGUGCCUGCCCGCAGGGAAAUCCAGACCCUUAUGCAGUUCGGGGACACUGAGAUCAAGGCCACAGCCAUUGAUAUAGCCACCUCAAAGAGUGUCAAAGUGGGGAUCGACUUCCUAAACUACUAAUGUAACCACCCUUCCCCGCCACGAGCCCCCUGGAAUCCUCUGCAUCCGCUGACCUUGACUGUUCUGCCCCUGACCUUGACCCUUGCCAUCGCCCACCUAAAUUUCAGUAGGAAAGAUGAGAACCAGGGAGAGAAUUAACUAAGGACCUUAUAUUGGAGUCAGAAAAACUCAGAAAUUUAGUAUCAAGGUCUGGAAAUAGGAAGUUCAGGGAUCCUGGAGCAGCCAGCUCUCACAGGUUCCUGAGUGGUAAGACAGCCCCUGCUUGCCAUGCAGAGGACCCUGUGAGGGAGGACAUCUCUCUGGGUGUGAAGCGGGACCUUUGAGCCAGGAGGGGUCCUCCUCAAAGGUCUUUUUAAAUUACCUUGGAUGGCAAAGGAUAGGAAGUGUCAACUUCCUGCACUCAAUCUCGUCUUCUUGGUGACUCAGCGGCAACUUACAGUAUUUCUUUUACGCGGUGGGAGAAGACUGCCCACACCGGGCACUAUUUUAGGUUCUCGUAUAAUUUAAAUUCCAAGGAGGCUCAAUGAAGGAUGGUUUUGGCUAACUCAACCAGGAUGGGGGGAGGGGCAGGGUGGAGGCAAGGGUGCCGAUACCUCCAUUUUCCAGAGCAGGUAAAGCUUCCUUUGGUGGAAAUGCACACUGAAGAGUUUGUGACUUACCCCACAUUACAACGAUCCCCUCUUAUCUGUAGCAGAUACACCCUGAGGUUCCCCAGUGGAUGCCCAAGGCCGUGGAUAGUACCAAACCUUACCUAUAUACUAUGUUUUUUCUAUAUUUACAUACCUAUGAUCAAGUUCAGUUUAAUAAAGCAGUAAGAGAUUAGCAACAAUAACUAAUGAUGAAAUAGGACAAUUAUGAAAACACACUUUGAUAAAAUUUGUACGAAUGUGGUCUAUCGCAGCAUAUCUUACUGUACUAUACUGUUACACAUUUUUGGACCACAGUUGACUGGGUCAUUGAAAAUCCAGUAAAUGAAAAUACAGAUCAGAGAAUAAUUCUCAGAACAACAAACCUUGAGUUCAGAGGUCCUGCAUAAUCAUAGGUGAGUUUAGUAGGACAUUUGUUUGAGAAAAUGAAGUUUUUAUUUGCUCUGUUUAUAUGUAUCACCAAGCCCAGAACUCCAAAGCAACCCCCCUACCUUGCAAACCAUUCACACCUUCAGUGAAACUAUUCUUCAUCCCCCAAUAAGGAAAUACAAAAGGGGGUUCUGUUCCAUGAAAUGUCUCGAUCGAAUCUUCAGCUUUUCAAAUUCACCUAAAAAGGGCAUGUAAACCUAGACCUGGCAAAUGAGAGCAGCCUCUUACAAAGCAGGUCUGUGGCCCCCCUGCCUCAGAAUCGCCUGGGUGCUUGUCAGGAGCAGGUCAGAAUCUAACCCCUAAAGCCAGAGCUGACUCUGCAGAGACAGGACCUGCGUGCUUCCUGUUCGCAUGCGAGGAGUUCAAACCUGAUUUUUUGUCAGAGCUGAAGCGACCACAGACCACACAGUGUGGCCUCAAACCUUCCCGCCAGAGCCCCCUUAGGUACCCACACACCCAGCCCUCCUACGAGAGGGGUUGGAGAUACACCUGGCCUGAGGGGUGGGGUUACCCUUUUAGUCCUCACUGGAAGGGUCAGAGAAGGAAAAGGAUGUCAUAAAAGGAACCCUGAGAAUGAAACUGCCCAAUGAAGAGCCAGCUAGGUUCUGUGUUCUCUCCUUCCCUCUGUGCAACGCCAAAGCCAGUCUCGCCAACGUUCUGGAGCCAACCGAGAAUGAGGAACCGUUUGAUCUCUUCAAAGCUGCCUUUCUUACCUGCUGGAAUUCAUUCAGAUUUCAGAUCACUGGAGGCGUGCAUUAUUGAAUGAAUGAAUGAAUGAGCGAAUGAAUGAAUGAGUACAGAAUGAGGGAAGGGAACUUCAAAUGCAAGUUGGAUUUGUGAACCCAUCAUCAUAGCCAAUACACAGAUUUUAAGUAGCAUUUUGAACUCCAACCUCUUGUUGUCUUUUUCACACCACUUGCUGCAGAAUUCCCUGCUAGAAUGUGAAAAUGCUAUCAAACCAUAGAACACGAGAAUGGGAACCCCAAACGGAAUGGCGGGGUGUCAAAUCCAGGUAUCAGGAUGCUUGCUAGGACUCCCCUGCUAACUCUGCCUUGGAAGCUCAUGGGCCUCUCUUUUGGUGUUUCCUGCCACAGUCCUCAAAUAGACUUUCAAUUUUGUUAUAAUGGAUAUAAUUUUAUGUAUAUAGAGCACUAGAAUCCUGUACAGAAUCUUUAUUUCUACUGUGCGCUUGUUUGAGGAGAAUUCUCCUAAUUUUGGUUAAUAACACUGCUGCCUGUAAGCUCCACAGCUUCGUCUCCCAAUCGCUCUCACUGAUCACUGUUUGUGCUGAUAUCAUGCCAUGGACAUGUAUGCAAGACUGAGCAAUAGUCAGAGGUGCCUUGGGUCAGAGUACUCUGAUCACACAGACCACCCAGACCGACAGCUUCAGCAGACCCUUCCACACCUGCACGCCCUGCCCAAAGCGGAAAGCUUCUGCGUGAAGAGUAAUGCACUGCGUCUCCUGCCCAGACUGAGAGCUGAGCACACCGGCCUAUGAGCCAUGCCUCCCCAGACACUUUGUGUCUCUCAGGGCUGUUGACCUCUCCUCUCUGGCAAGGCAAAGCGUGGCACCCUUCAUGAUCAGAAGAACCAAAUGGUACAUGAGCUGAGAUUUCUGUUGGGUUUAGUAAGUAAGCAGGAGCAGGAAAGUUCGGCCCUUCUUUUCCUGGCUAGCAUAAAGCAUCCUCAGCUUAUGCUAGGUCUAUCUCCUUGCUCCUAUUUUGCUUAAAUGAGUUGACAGAUCUGCAGUCUUAGCAAACUGAUGAUGGACUGACUUCCUUCUGGCCCAGAGAUGCAGCCCCAGUCAUCAAACUCCAACUGAAGCUCUCUAGUCUAUCCCUACCCCAGCUGACAUAAUCGUAUCAGAGCACUGCAUAAGUACACUUGGGACACAUUCCCCAACUUAGAAAGUUCUAGAGGGGGUCUGUGGUCUUUGUGUGUAUUAUCUGGCUACUGAACUCUCUUUUCUGUAUACAGCAGGCAUUCCUAAAUGCAGACUGACAGACAGGAGGUGGCAUACAAUAGGAAAGGGGGUGCUUCUGUAGAGGUCCUGGGGCGCGAUGGCUGAGUCCAGGUUACAGAGCCUGCCUGCCCCCCACCCUUAGAAUGUUAUUUAGACCAAGUUUAGCUUCUAAUUAGCGUCCAGGUCUGGUUAACCGCCAGGGUAGCAAAGAAUUGCAUGCGCCGAUAUUAAACAGGAGUCAAAAUGCAUUAUUAUUAAUCGAAGACCGAAUCUCACACUGUAGUGAUGUAAUCGUGUGAUUAGGCUGCGAAGUACGUACGCUGGGGAAUGGCGUAAGUGGGUGGCUAGUCUAAAUGUUGUUGGCCAUAAUAUCUUACCACCUCUCAUCUGUUUGAACUGUGGAACAGUAUCCUAAGAUCUCAGCUGCUGGGAGUCUUGUUCACUACAAGGUAGAGCCAAACGACACAGAACCGCAGCCGUCCGCAACUAGACAGGACGGCAUCUGCAAACUCUCUGUCUUCACAGAUUCUAAUAAAGAGAAACUGAAUUUCA